AUGGCCGAGAGGCAGCCCAUGCUCUCGUUUGCUAAGGUGGUCUCUGGCCAAACAGGAGAAUCAGCUGCUGAGAAUCCAGCAGGUCGAACUGCUUCACCGCCUCGUUCUGGUCAGAAAACGGACUACAAAAGUGACAAGAGACAUGACAGGGGUGAACGCCAGGAUCGUAUGGACCGAAAUGAGAAGCAUGACAGGAAUUUUGGAAAUAGGCGUCGCCCACCAAAAUACAAGGAUCGUCAGGAAAAGCGUGGAAUUAAGCCAGAACCCGUUAAAGAAGAAAAGGCUCCUGCUGUAGAGGAACCCACGGCCCCACAAGAGCCUGUUGUUCUGGAGCCUGCUCCUCUGCCUGCUGGUCGUGCGACUCCACACAAGGGUUCGGAAUCUGGAUGCACAGCAAAUGUUGAAGAGAAUAAACAAACAGAAGAUGAGGGCAAGGAUUUGUCUGUUCACAAUCCAGUAACAGUAGCGACGACAGAUGUCACCAAGUCGAAAACUGUGGAUCCGGAAUGGCCUACAUUGGACGCCGCUAAGCAGGAGGAGAUUUUAGCAAAUGGAAUCGAUUCUCGGCAACAUUCUCCCACGGCUGAGUCAACCAAGAGUUCUUCACAAAUGUGCUCUUCAUUUCCAACGAAGUAUGAGUGA